CUCUCAUUUUCUUACACAUAAAAAGCUUGCACUCUCUUCACCCCUAAUCUUCUGUCCACUCUUCUCUCUCCUCUUAUUUUUUCUCUCUCUAAAAGCAAAAGCAAAAGCAAGAAGAAGACAAACCCAGUCUCAGAUCCUUCCAUUCUCCAACCCAGAAAAGGCUAUAAAAACAACAACCACACGCUCCACAAAUAUUACUUCUUCAUUCUUCUAUUUCCCUUUUCUCUUUUUAAAUUUCAUACAAAUUCAAGUAUAUAAAUAGCAUUGGAUUUUUGCAAGAACAUUAUUUUGUUUUGUUUUUUGAUUGGGUAAAUGAGGUGUAAAAAGCACCUUUCGGACCUGAGUAGCAGCGUCGGAGUCUGCGCUUCCUGCCUCCGUGAACGGCUCUUUGCGCUUAUUGCCGCACAGGCCCAGGCCCAAGCCCAAGCCCAAGCCCAAGGUCAGGCGCGAGCUCACGUGCAGCAGCAGCUGUUUCACGAGGAUCAUCGGAAAUCUGAUAGCAAUCCUCCGCCGCUGGUGUUUCCGCGCUCCGUUUCCCCGUAUAUUUCUCGCCGGAAAUCUGAUACGACGCCGUGGCAAUUCCAGCACAAUUCGCUUCCCUCUAUUCCAGAUCAAAGAUUUUACAGUACUCCACAAGUGGGUCCCAACAGUACGGUAAUUGCUGCUGGUCAUGGGCCUUAUAAGAAGAAAGGUUAUUUUAGAUUUUUCUCGGGUCUGUUUAGAUCCAGGACGGAGAAACUAGAUUCGGAUCCUAGGGUUUCGAAUUUCGGCGAUGCUUACCCGGCGUCGUCUUCUUCACCGUCGUGGUUCACAACGAUUCUCUCCGGUCGUCGGAAAAAGCAGUCGCGCACGUUUUCUGUAGAAGAAUCGACGAUCGGAGGUCAUCGGAGGACGUGUCGUAAUCGCGAUCGAGGAAUGUCUCCGGCUCGAUAUUCGGACGAUGAGGAAGACGAACAUUGUAACGGCGGAUCGAGCGGGUACUCGUCGGAGUCGUCGAAACAGACUCCGAGGAGAACACCGGCAGCUCAACAUGGCCGGCGAGGUAAAUCGAGUCAUAAUCGGAACCUCACCGGGAUGGCGUUUUGCUUGAGUCCUUUAGUGCGUGCGAGCCCGAGCAGAAAUUGGAAUCAGAAGGGAAUGCCGCCGGAAAUGAUAUUCUCCGGCGAGAUAAGAGUACCAACAAAGCCUCAGCUUUCCACAGCGACGUCCUUUUGCAAGAACAGAUCGAGGAAGCUUGCCGAUUUCGGAAGGUUCAAUCCCAACCAUUGAUUUCAGCGAACGUUGACAUUUGACCAAUUUGACGAUCACGACUUCUACGACUGUGAUCAUAUAAAAAUGAAAGUACGGUUUUGCCCUUGUUUGUUUUAGUUUUUUUUUUUCUUUUCUUCUCAUCAGUAUUUUCUCUGUACAAUUCCACUACAUACAAGAAAAAAAAUAAUCAAAAUAUUUUAUCUAGAUAUCUUUUCCAAUGUGUAACUUGUUUUCCGGACAUUUCAUUAGAAUGGAUUAUUCGCAUUACCCGA